AUGAAUACUAAAAGCUUUGAAGAAGUCAAUAACUAUAACUGCACAGAGUAGCAAUUAUAGCAAAUUGCAGAAUUUUAGAAAAAAAUAGAAAAAUAAAUAAAUUAGACUCACCCAAACAUAAGCUAAGAACUCAAGGAGCUCUACUCCAGUGUUGAUACAGCUAUACGCUUUAUGAAUGCUAGAGAAUUUAGCGAAUAAAAAAGUUUUGAAAUGUGGGAAAAGUGGAUUAAAUGGCACUAAGAAUAUCGUCCUGAUUUAAUUAGCGAUAAAGAAUCCACAAUAUAAAAAUAAUUAUCAACUGGUAAACUUUUUUGGCAUAAAUUUGAUAACGAAAGAAGACCAUGUCUUUACUAUAGAAUGAAAUACCAUGUACCAAAGUUAGCAUCUGUAGAAGAAAGUGUCCGAUUUUUCCUAUUCAUGCUAGAAUAAGGCAUUAAAGAAGGUAUUAAAUUAGGUUCUGAAGGAACAAUUUGCGUUAUUUAUGAUAGACGUGGAUACACUAAAAAAUAGUAUGAUGAAAAUGCUAUGAAAACUAUGAGAGCUCUUGUUCCUAUCUUGCAAGAUUACUACCCUGAGAGAUUGUCAAUGUUUUAUGUUUUAGGAGCUAAUUGGUUUUAUAGAGCUGCUUUUAAAGUAGUGGCUACAUUUAUGAGUGAAAAGACAAGUAAAAAAGUAAAAGUGUUGGGAGAAGAUAGUGAAUUACUUUAAUUUUUCAACAAAUAAAAUUUGAUUAAAGAAUAUGGAGGAGACUCUGAUCCUCUCUAAAAUACAGGUGCUAAUCUUAAAUUAUCUAAUGGAUCUUAUACUCCCUAGCUUGGUGGAGAUAGAGGAAAUAUUGAUGAUAUGAAUGAUGAAGAUGAUGAAGAAGAUGAAGCUGCCCUAAAGGAACUUCAAAAGAAGAUGUUUUAAGAUGCAGGUAUUAAACUUAACUGA